CUUACCGCAAGUUUCCUGCGAUCUGACGGCGGUAUCGGUGAAUUGUGGAAUUGUGGAUCUAUUAUAUUCUCGCUCAAUGAAUAUUUGAGGACAGUACUAGCACGCAUCGGGCUUUAAUGUGAGAUUUAUAUAAUAACACACUGGAGGUUUUUGCGCAGAAAUUCCCGCACCGUUCUUCACUCGUAUUGCCAACGUGAGCACACAAAACAGGCGCAGUUCUCCAAUGAACAUGGAGAUGGUGGACAUUUGGUGGAACAUAAUGCUGGAUGACCCUUGGGUCAUUGACAGUUUGAACUGCAGUUAAGUAUUGGAUGUGUGUUCAACCUGACUGAACUUUCACAGACAUCCAGGAUGACUGUGGUGGUUGCUGGAGAUAACAUGGACGAGACCUCCUCCACGUUGCAGGGGCAUCAGCAGGGUUUGCAGUAUUCCCCCGAGUGCUGUGAGCGGAUGGUAAUCAACAUCUCUGGGCUUCGCUUCGAGACACAACUCAAGACACUCGCCCAGUUCCCAGACACUCUGCUGGGCAACCCCAAGAAAAGGAUGCGCUACUUUGACCCUUUAAGGAACGAGUACUUCUUCGACAGAAACCGUCCAAGUUUUGACGCAAUCCUCUACUAUUAUCAAUCGGGUGGAAGGUUAAGGAGACCCGUCAAUGUUCCCUUGGAUAUGUUCUCAGAGGAAAUUAAGUUUUACGAGCUUGGAGAAGAGGCUAUGGAGAAAUUCCGUGAGGACGAGGGCUUUAUUCGUGAGGAAGAGCGCCCCUUGCCGGAGAAUGAGUUUCAGCGACAAGUUUGGCUGCUGUUUGAGCAUCCCGAGAGUUCAGGCCCUGCCAGAGGGAUAGCAAUAGUGUCUGUCAUGGUUAUCCUCAUUUCUAUUGUUAUAUUUUGUUUGGAGACUCUACCGGAGCUGAAAGAAGAUAUGCAAGGACGGAUCCAAAUGAUAGGCAACAGCACGUUUUACUACAAACCAAAUAUUCUUACCGAUCCAUUCUUUAUCGUGGAGACACUGUGCAUCAUUUGGUUUUCUUUUGAGUUGAUUGUUCGUUUUUUUGCUUGUCCAAGCAAACCUGCUUUCUUUAAAAACAUGAUGAACACGAUCGACAUUGUGUCCAUUAUUCCAUAUUUCAUAACGCUUGGAACCGAGAUGGCAGAGGAUCCUGAAGUUGGAAAGGAGACAAAAGGUGGAGGGGAGCAGGCCACGUCUUUGGCCAUCCUCAGGGUUAUCCGCCUGGUCAGGGUGUUUCGGAUAUUCAAGCUCUCAAGACACUCCAAGGGGCUUCAGAUCUUGGGGCAGACAUUGAAAGCCAGUAUGCGAGAGCUCGGCCUCUUGAUUUUCUUUCUUUUCAUCGGUGUCAUCUUGUUUUCCAGUGCAGUCUAUUUUGCUGAGGCAGAGGAGAAGGAGUCUUUCUUCACAAGUAUCCCAGACGCAUUCUGGUGGGCAGUGGUUUCAAUGACAACUGUGGGGUAUGGAGACAUGUACCCCGUUACCAUUGGAGGCAAAAUAGUUGGUUCUCUAUGUGCCAUUGCUGGAGUGUUGACGAUCGCACUACCAGUGCCUGUGAUUGUUUCCAACUUUAACUAUUUCUAUCACAGAGAAACUGAAGGUGAAGAACAAGCUCAACUCCUUACUGUGAGCAAUCCAAACAUCUCAUCUGACACCAAAUCGAGUCGGCGCAGUUCCUCGGUUGUCAGCAAGUCAGAGUACAUGGAGAUAGACGAUGACCUUAAAAAUAGCAUUGAUAACUUUAGAGAGGCGAACCUGCAAACUGGGAACUGUACAGUUGCAAAUCAGAACUGUGUAAACAAAGGGAAGCUUCUCACAGAUGUAUAG